AGCAAAACUUAUCAGCAUAAGAAAUGGAGUUGGAUAAUAAAAAUUUAAUUUAUCUAGGCGGUUUCGGCGGCAUUGGUCAAAAAUGCGUGGAAGAGUUUUUGAAAAGAAAUAUUAAAAAUGUAAUCAUAUUCGAUUUGAAAGAAAAUACAGAUGUUUUGAAACACUUGCAGAGUGCGUAUAAAUCCAGCGAAAUUCGCUAUAUACAGGUAGAUGUAACGAAAACGGAGAGUUUAGAAAAUGCCUAUAAACAAGCUAACGAAAUAUUGGAUAAUAUUGAUAUUGUGGUUAACGGUUGUGGUCUAAUGAAUGAUAGACAUUUGGACUUGACUAUAGAUAUUAAUUUGCGUGGCGUUAUACAAAGUUCAAUGAUUGCUUUAAAUUACAUGGACAAAUCGAAAGGUGGUCGUGGUGGUACCAUUGUAAAUAUUUCCUCCAUAGCGGGUAUAGAAACUACUGGCAUGUUUGCCAUCUAUUCGGCUGCCAAACAUGGUGUUACAGCUUUCAGCAGAUCCAUGGCGAAUCCUCUUUAUUUUCAUCAUACACAAGUGAAUUUUAUAACCAUUUGUCCCGGUCUUACUGAAACCGCACUGCUAGAGAAUCUUCAAGACAAGACAACAUUACGUGAAUAUGCUGGUCCCAUGGUGCAAAGAUUUGCCAACAUUAAACGUCAAAGUGCCGAGGCAUGUGCAAAAAAUGUAGUCAAAGCAGUGGCAAUUAAUAAGCUCGGUUCGGUGUGGUUAUUGGAUUUGGGUGAAAUGUCUGAAGUUGAAAUGCCCAUAAUGUGGAAGCCCACAUUGAAUAGUAAUCAAUGAAAAUUAUAUACCUAUUUAAGUAAUUACAAUACAUUUUCAUUAAUACUUAACACAAAUUGUAAUUAACAUUUUAAAAUAACUUAAGUUUUUAAAGACAAACUAAUAAAUAAUUAAGCAAUUAUACAGCAUAAA